CAACAACACAAAGCCACCAGACGCGGAAGUGAGAGCUGUGCGCGCGGACUGAGAACGCGUUUGUGUUUUAUUUCCAGUGUUCGGUUCGGCUCGAGCUUCAGUACCAAGAGAUGCUGAAAGAAAGCCUAAAGCUGCUCGCGCUCUGCAGUCUGAUCCGGUUCGGACUGGCUCAGGGAGAGCCCGGUGAAGAGGCUCCGGACGGCGGGGAUGGACCGCACAUCGUGCCGCUGCUGGAGGCCGGAGAGUCUCGGAGCAACCAGAGCAGCCUCCACUGCCUUCUGCCGAUGAAGGUGGGUUCAUGCCGUGCCGCCUUCCCCAAGUUUUUCUACAACGUGACCAAUCAGAGCUGCAGCAGCUUCAUCUACGGCGGCUGCGAGGCCAACGAGAACAACUUCGACUCUCAGGAGGAGUGUGAGGCCACCUGCAGAGGAGUCACAGGUUCGGUUCUGCCCCUCGAGUCAACGCUGGCUCCUCCUCAGCCUCCUGCUAAAGCUCCUCGAAUGGCUCCAGCAGCUCCACCAGAGUCUGAUCCAACAGACUCCGCCCCAUUUAAAAAAAACGAAAUUUCAGCUGAAGAAUUUGCUGAGCGCUGUGGGGCGGAGCCUCAGGUGGGUCCCUGCAGAGCAGCACUGAAGCACUGGUUCUACAACACCAAGACGGGCAGCUGUCACUCAUUCAUCUACGGAGGAUGCAGGGGAAACAAGAACAACUACCUUGAUGAGGAGAGCUGCAAGGCUGCCUGCACAGGAGUCCAAGUCCUGCCACCAUCUCAGAAAGCUUCAACUAAUGAAGGCCCUGCAGGUGUUACAGAACACUGCAGGUUGCGUCCGGAUCCUGGACCUUGCCGAGCUGCCUUUCCCAAGUUCUACUAUGACUCGAUCUCCGCCACCUGCCAGAACUUUGUGUUUGGAGGUUGCCAAGGCAACGCAAACCAGUUUGACACCAUAGAAGAGUGCCUGAGGAGCUGCAGUGGAGAGGGUAAAACAGCCUUCUUCCUCUUCGCCACCCUUGCCAUUGUCUCCGCUCUGCUGCUGGCGAUCCUCGUCAUCAUCACCUUCAGACGUCACCACCGGUCCCGCCGUCCGUCCUCCAGUGAUAAGGAGGAGCUUCUUCCGGAUGAGCAGUCUUCCCUGGAUUCUCUAACCAUCCCUGAGAGCCCAAAACCAGGACUGAACGCCUGAGGGGUCCUGGAACUGUCCGGGUCACCAGGGUCUAGUCCUCGGGUGGGGGGGUGGGGGGAUUCAGUUCUGAGGAGGUUCAGACUUCUGUACAGUAAAGGUUUCCUUCAGCAGCAGAAAUCCAUCUGAUUCGUCACUGAUCAAUCAGAUUUGUUACAGAUCAAAUAGAUCCAUCACAAUCAAUUAGAUCUGUCACCGAUUGGACUGGGGUCAGGUGACUGGACAGGGGUCAGGUGACUGGACUGGGGUUCUGCUGCUGAUUAAUGGUAAUGUCACUUGUCUGUCACGAGAACUGAAUGUUUGUUUUUCUCUGAUUAAAUCUGAUAGUGAAGCCGUCUCUCUGAUUAGUAAUCAAUGACCUGAAUAUUUUAAGAUUAAAUUAAUGAGUAAUCAGUCAUGAGCUGCGACAGUCCCGCCUGCAGGGGGAACCCGUGUGAGCAAACUACAGCUCCCAAGAUUCUCUGCUCAGUUCUGGUUUGUCUUCAGCUCCCCCUGCAGGCUGAAGUGUCCAUUCAGCUCCUGAUCAGUUUUAUUGAUUAUUUUAUUGAUCUUUGUCAGUUUUUGUUAAAAAUAAACUUUUUUUUUUCCUGA